CUUCUAAAAGCCGCAGAAAGCCACUAGAACUCGAGAAUGCGUGCAAAAGUGUGCAUCAGUACACUAACAUUCAUUCAUACGAACAAUCUUUAUUCUAAAAGAUAAUGGCUCCAAAAAGCAGUGUUGAUGACCUUGAGAAGCCAAAGUCCCUCCGAGUAGUAAUUAUCGGUGCGGGAAUCGGGGGUCUCGUUCUCACCCAGCUCCUUCGAGGAGACCCCAAGUUUUCUGUCACUGUUUACGAGCGGGGAGGUAGAGAUGAGGCAGCAAGUUCUUUGACUGGCUUCCGCAUCCUCCUUUCCAAGGAAAUGCUCGCCGCAUUGAGGGCUCAGCUUCCAGCAUCCGUCACGGAGUUAUUGGAAAAGUCUGUCGGCGUUCAACCUCCUCGUGGUCAGCAUAUCGCAUUGCUAGAUCACAAAUGUCGUGUGAAGUUAGGCAUGACGCCGCCAGACUUCCGUGAUGCCAGCUGUGUCUCGAGGUGGAAACUGAGGACGGCUUUACUUGAGGGGCUAGACGAUGUGGUACACUGGAAGACCGAAUUCGAAAGUUUCGAAGUUUUGGGGAAUGACGCUGUAAAGGUUCACUUUACGGAUGGAACUUCAACGGAAUGCGAUCUCCUCAUUGGGGCGGACGGAGCAGGGAGCAACAUCCGAAAGCAACUCAUCCCUAGCUCAAAGAGGGAUACACUUGGCAACACCGUCUUAUAUUUCAAGAUGCCUCUAACUCCAGAGACAGAGAAGAUGAUGCCGUUCGGUUCAGGUUGUCUUAUUAUGGGUCCGCGAAGUUCAAUGGUUGUCUCAUACUAUAAAGAUAAACAAACUCCAUAUGGACCUUAUGAUCUCGAGACUCUCGACCCUGAGGGGUCAUAUUUGAUGUGCGGACUGGGUUGCUACACAAAUGAGUUCAUCGACCAGAGCAAACAUCCCGAUGAAAUGAGUCCGGAGGAAUUGAAGACAGAUUGGAUGAUCAGGACUAAAGACUGGCAUCCCCUUCUCCGCUCAUUAAUAGCGAUGGCUAUUCCCAAUUCUGUAUACGUGGCUCACGUUAAGACCCAACACAAACUCAAGCCUUGGAGGUCUCGGAAUGUGGCACUAUUAGGAGACGCUGCACACAGUAUGACUCCCUAUCUCGGUAAAGGUGCUACUUCAGCCAUCGCCGAUGCGCUAUCGCUAGCCGAGCACCUUAAGCGCCUAAAUGCGCACAGUACUAAGACUCUUCCUGCUGUACUGGAUGACUACACCGCGGGUAUGUUGAAGGACGGGUUCCGAAUGCAGAAGAAGAGUAAAAUGGUUCACGAUGUUGUUUUCAUGGGUACCAACCCAUUUUUGGGCCAUUGCAGAAAUGGCCUUCUUAGAAUCUUGGGGUUAUUCGUCGGAAGUAGUGAUGAUAGGGGCACAAGAACAGCUUAG